AUGAAAUCCACCAUCUCAUCAUGGAAUGGAUGUCUCUACUUUGAAGCCCUGCGGCUUGAUACCUACCCGGGACUUGAGACUAAGUACCUGAUUGCGAAGCAAAGCGUUGACGAUGGCGGAAAUCUCCUAAUGAAAGGGCAAUACAGAGCCCUCAACCUUUUCGAGUACCUAUUCAACAAAUUCGUUUUCGGGGACAUAAGCUUUUAUGUAUCUUCACAGACCACAAAUAUCCAGAGUCGCCAGGCCUGCGAUAUUGUCAUUGAGUGCGAAACUCCGGAUGGAGCGUGGAAGAUCCUCUGUUUUGCAAAGAGGGCCGUCAACGGCACCGAGACUCUUGUCACAGCUAUCGAGGGACAGGCACUGGGCUAUUGUAAGGACUUCCUGACAGCCAAUCCUGGCAUUGACAAGGGCCUCGCCUGUACAAUCAUCGGUGGCUCCAUUCGGUGCUGGACGUAUUCCCAAGGGGACGAGGACCUUUUAGGUUUCUGGGAUAGCCAGUUCCGUGAUAGCUACAGGUACUACCUCGAUAUUGGCGAUGAUGCGAAUAUCGCCCGGUUGAACCACGCUUUCAACUUGAUCAAGUCGAUCGCGGAAUUUCAUAGAUCGAGAUAA